CGUAGCAUAAUACAUCUUCAAAUCUCAUCGUAGCAGACAUACUAAGAGACUAUGUGAGCUCUUUAAUUUUUAUGAACAGUUCCUUAGGCUCGGAUGCUUCGCUUCUAUAUCUGGAAUGAUGAAAAAUAAUUAUGAAAAAAGGGGUUCAUUGUGUACCGCAGGCGGCUUGGUCAGGGUAGUAUGUGCAUUGUGUAUCUGUAUAUAUGUAAGCGCGACGUUGCCGAUAUUCCAGAGUUUUCCAUUUCUCCUGAACUAUCUGGCCAGGGCGUGUUGGGUAAAGGAAAAAGGAAUGGAGAGAAGCAGGAGAGAAUUGUUGGAAUGGGGAUGGGGGUGGAGGUCCAAUUAAAUAUGGCGUCCAUGGUGGGGUGUGGCGAUGAGCGCAUGCGCGUUGCAUCUCUGGAAUCAAGUUUUAGAACGAGCGUUAGAAACACACAGCUAGUGAUUCAGAGAUUCAGGCCCUGUCGUGCAAGAAACCGGCCGGCAUCGAACGCGACCGGCGUUUUCCAAAUAAAGCUUCUCCAGUUUUAUAGAAAAAAGAAUAGACACAUAGAUUUCUUUCCUUUUUUCAAUAAUUCGGUAAAACAAAAAUACGACAGUUGGUUUGUUGUAAAAGUAGCUAAACUUAUAAACAGUUCGGUUGAUAAAAGACAAAAACGGAAGUAAAAAGUUAAAUCGCUCGAACGCGCGGUUAAAAAUAUUUGAAAGUAUUCGUAAUUCAAAAACAAAUAAAUGACAAUGGCUACGGAGACCGAGAACAACGCACCGUCUGGUGAAACAAAAGACAUUAAGGAUGUUAAGGAGAUAAAGGAAGCUUUGAAGGACGAGACGCUGGACAAUAAACAGCAACAGGAAGAAACUAAAGAUGCGUCGACUAAAGAAGUUGAGAAAAAGGACGAAGCUGCAGCACAGCCAGAGACGCCGGCACCAGCCCCUGCUAAAGCCUCAUCUGUACAUAAAACCAAUUUUGAAAAGGACAUCGUUUAUCUAUAUCAAUUUCCGAGAACGCCAUUACUACCAUCCCUUUCACCCUAUUGUCUGAAGGUUGAAACAUGGCUGAGAAUCAACGGCAUCAAAUACGAGAAUGUCGAUCACAAGGUGAAGUUCCGAUCAAAGAAGGGUCAACUGCCCUUCGUCGAGUUGAACGGAGAAGAGAUCGCUGACAGUGCUAUUAUAUUGAAAGAAUUAGGACAGAAAUUUGGAAAGGAUUUGGACGCUGGACUUACACCGGAACAGCGAAAUAUCUCUCAUGCAAUGAUAUCGAUGAUCGAGAAUCAUUUCGUAUGGGUUGUUUGUUGGUGGCGUACAAAGAAUCCAGACUUGGUAUUGAAAGGAUUCAAAGUAAAUCUUCAACAUGCACUUGGAACUCGUAUUCCUAAUGGAAUAUUGAACUUCUUCUUCAAAUUCACAUUCAGUCGCAAGUUGGAUUGGUUUCAGGGUGUGCGAAAAGUAAAGGCCCAAGGUAUGGGUGUUCAUACCGCUGAAGAAGUCGCUCAAUUUGGUUGUGACGAUCUGAAAGUUCUCUCCGACAUGCUAGCUGACAAACCCUUCUUCUUUGGCGACGAACCAACCACGUUGGACGUAGUCGCAUUCUCUCAGCUGGCUCAAGUUCUCUACAUGGAAAAAGACACACCUUAUACAUUGAGGGAUUACAUGCAGGAAAGUUGCGCAAACCUUGUUGGACAUUGCUCACGUAUGAAGGAACGUUGUUUCCCAGAUUGGGACGAUAUUUGUAGCACACUCGAUCUGAAUACGCAUUUGCCAAAGCCGGUGAAACAGGAGGAAAAGGAGAAUAAGGAAGAAGCAAAAGAGACCAAGGAAUCAAAAGAAGAAAAAGAAGGUGACAAAGAAAAGGCCGAUAAGGAAGAAAAAGACGUAGAAAAGGACAAGGAGGUUGACGAGAACAAAGAUAAAGAAAAAGAUGGUAAAUAAACUAUUUCAAAUUAAGUACCGGAGAUGUUAAAAAAAGAAUCAAAGAGAAAAUCAAGAAUAAAAGAAUAAAAGAGAAAGAGAGAGUGAAAAAGAGAGAGAGAGAGAGAGGGGAAGAUAAGAGUUAUACGGAGGAUACAGGAGAGAGCUCUCUACUUAUAUAAACUGAUACCCCUCCCCCCACGUAUAUACUACUAAUUAUUACAUCAGUCAUUGUCGUCACGAUUGUCGUCAUUUUUCAUCGCGAUCGAUUUGUUUCGAUUCACAUCCCCGUCCUAUCCCUUUUUCAAAUUCUUAUCUAGUGUGGCUAUUUUGUAAGUGAAUUACUUAGAUAAAAAACGAAAUAAAGACACGGUCACUUGAAUAGAAGUUUUUUCUCGACUAAAGUGUAUCCGAAAUAAGACUGCUGCAAUUAAAUCAACACUGAUCAAUGUUAGAAAAGAAGUUAAUUGUUGCCAUCCAUGUUGUUUCAUACAUUCGAAACGGCAUAAUCUAACCUACAUGUAUUCUAAUUUUUUUUUUAUACGCGUACAUGCUUUGAAUAUAAAAUUUUAAAGAAAACAUUAGAAAAAAAAGGAAAAAAACAACUAACAAGUGCGAUAACAUGUCAAACGUAGUAUGCUUAUGAUAACCAACUUACUAAAAAAAAGCACGAAGUACCCCUUUCCAUGUUUUUCUGCAAAGAGGGUUUUUUCGGGUGUAUUUUAUUGUUAGAAAGAUGGAGACAAGAGAAAAUAUUUAUCAAAUAGAAUGGAUGUUGUUGUAAAUAUAUAGUUCCUCUGAAUGCUAAGGAGAGGAAAAAAAGACAAACAGCGACUAACCGUUAUUGAAACAAUAAGAAAUCAAAAAUCGAAAACAAAAAUGCUUACAGGAUAGCCUCAUUAGUCCAUUACUAUGCGCGUAGAUAAAAAACUUAACGGCAACGAAAUAAAAAAAUUUCAAACCUUUUGUGUAUUUUAAAAAUUUUUGAUGGAACAAGAUAUGAAUAGUAAUAAUAAAUGAAGUAGACAGAAUUUAAUAAUAUAAGAGUAAAAUUGACGUUAGGUAACCUUUGUUGAAAAAAAUUAUAAAAAUCGAAAAAAAUGAUAAUAACUCUAAUAAAAUUAUCGAAGGAAAAAGAAAUAGUUUCAAAGUGGAUAGAAUCGUAAUUAAAUAUGGAUUACGAAGCAAAAGAAACCAAAGCUUGGUAUACUUCGAAAUAUACUCGAAUUUAUUCUCUUUUUUUUACUCCUUCUACACGCAUACCCAACCCUCUUCAUUGUAAAUCGGGCGUACAUGAAACAUUUUAUAGUUAAUAUACAUCAACGUUCAUUUUACUAUUAAAAAGAAAAAAAGAAAAAAAAAGAAAAAACGAGUACCGGAUAAGUUUUUUUUUACGUUUUUUAAAAAUAAAUGAAUAAAUUCAGACAAGCAUUGAACGACUCAAAUGUGACUAUGUAUUAUUCAAAAACAAUUCAUAUAAAUAAUUAAAUGAAUGAAUGAAUUAUAUUAUUAAAAUGAUAUAAAUAUACACCCCCGGAACACAUUAGUAUAAAAAAAAAACAAACAAAGAAAGGAAACAAGAAGAGAAAAUGAAUACUGAAACGAUGGAAAAAAUUAAGAAAGAAAAAUGAAUAAUACAAAUUAAUACCAUUUGUAAUUUGUAACAGCUAUUAUAUUGUAAUCGUUUUUAAUGAAAAAAUAAAUUGAAUAAAUAAAAAAAAUCACACAUAAUUACAUAUUUAACGUAAAAUGAAUAACGUAAUAAGCUUUUUUUUUUUUUAAUCUCUGUCUGGUUUGUUUUGUGUGUCAAUUUGUUGUGCGCGGUACAUAGGCUGGGAUUAUGUACUAGAAUGACAGUUUUUCCUAUGCAAUAUUUUUUCCAUUUGUUUAUUCUUUUAUAUUUUCAAAGUAUAAAUUAUAAACAAUGAAAAAAGGAAGAAGAAAUAAGUCAACGAUAGAAAAAUGCUGCGAUUCUAGUGAAUAGAAAGAAAAACAUCAAAAAAAUUAAAAAACGGGUGAUAUGAUUGACCGGUUUCCCUAAUGUGGCGCGCGCAUGAAACGUCAUUACGAAUUUGAUAAAUAAAUAAAUGAAUGAAUAAAUAAAUACGUACAUCCAUAAUAAAUACAUAUACAUACAUAAUAGUAAUGAAAAUAUGGAGAUAUGAAAUGGAUUGUAUUUAAGUAGCUGAUAAUAUGAUCAUGAUUAUACACGUACACAUUAUAUUACAAAUUACUGUGUGGAGCUGUUUAUAAAUGACGACGAAGCAUGUAUGUUGAUUACAACAUUAUCGUUAUUAUACAUAUAUUAUUAUAAUUAUUAUAAUUUUUAUUAUUAUUAAUUAAUUAAUUAUACUAUAAUAGUAAUUGUAACGAUCAAUAAGGUUAUUAUAUAUACAUAUAUAUAUAUAUAUAUAUUGAGGAAAGAAGAAAAUUAAAAAAAAAGAAAAAAAAAUGGGCGCAUGAAAGGAAAAACAAGUUAAAAUUGUAAACACACGUAAAAAAAAAUAAUAAUAACAAAAUCAGGUAGACACAAAAUCCAAGUUAAGUUAGUAAAAGGUAAGGAUAAUAUAAGAAUUAAUAUUAUUAAUAAUUAUUAUAUUAUGACUGCUCGUUCUACGCUCGGCGCUACGCAAAUUUCAUUGUCAUUAUUAUAUAUAUCACCAUUUAUUAAUUAUAUAUAUAUGAAUAAAUAAAAAUGUGUUUAUAAAUAA